AUGGCAACUGUGCGACACGCAAGACGCGAGGAUGCGAAGACUAUCCUAGACUUCAUCCAGGAGCUCGCCGAUUACGAGAAGGAAUCCGACUCCGUGCUGGCCACCGUUGAGACUCUGCAAAACACAAUCGCCUUUGCGCCGGCAGACGUCGUCAGCCCCCAGAACCACCUGCCCGUGACCGAGCCCAUCACAGCUACUCGGCCCGCACGAUGCCUGCUCCUCAUCGACGCACAAGGCAAGGCCGUAGGAAUGGCGCUUUAUUUCUACAACUAUAGUACAUGGCGGUCCAAGGCCGGCAUCUACCUGGAGGACCUCUAUGUUUCGCAGUCAGAGCGCAACAAGGGAUACGGCAAGAUCCUGCUGUCUGCGCUGGCCAAGGAGGUUCUUGCUAUGGGCGGUGGUCGUCUGGACUGGUCUGUUCUGAAAUGGAAUGAGCCCAGCAUCAAGUUCUAUGAGAUCAUUGGAGCCACCGCACAGAGCGAGUGGGUGGGAAUGCGUUUGGAUGGACCGGAGGCCUUGGGCAAGCUUGCUAAGCUUGCCUAA